GCACACUAGUGGGAGGCAGGAUGGCAGGGCCCUGUGCCUUGGUUGGCAAUAAAGCGUGGCCUGGCAGUAAUGUACAGUUCUGUGUAUAUGAGUAGCACUACAAAAAUAAAAACAAAUAUAACAUUGCAUGCAUGGCAUUAUGCAAGUAAAAAUGCUUUAGGUUUGAUUAGCCUUGACUUGCAGCAAAUGUUAGGAAUGGCAGGGAGCAUUAACAAUAUUAGUUUAUUUGUUUUGAAGGAGAUGGUAAUAGCAGGACAUGUCCCCAUAGUUCUCUUCUGCUUUUCCUUCUACAUUAGCCAGUAUGUCAUAAGACAGAACGGAUCACAAGAUUUCUGUUACGAUAUGAACACAUCCUGUUUAGCUUGCCCUGGGUUAUUUGCUGUAGAAAGGAGAGGCGCUAAACCCACAUCUAUCUCUGUCACUCUGAAUCUCGGGCAAGAUUUUGUGCUCUAAUGUGGAGAGUGGAAUUUGUAGCUUGCCUGCGGCCGUCCUGCCAAUUCUGUACUGCAAUGUGCAGCAUCCUUAGUGCUGGCAGAGCAUGGAGAAUGAUGAAUUUUCGCCAGAGGAUGGGAUGGAUUGGCGUCAGCCUCUACCUCUUUGUGAGCGCUGCUGCCUUUUACUAUGUAUUUGAAAUAAAUGAGACUUAUAACAGGCUUGCCUUGGAACAUGUACAGCUGAAACCACAGGAGCCACACAGAGGGACCACAUGGACACACUCCUUAAAAGCACGUCUGCUCUCCUUACCUUUUUGGCUGUGGGCUGCUCUUUUCCUGAUUCCCUACUUUCAAGUAUUUCUAUUUCUAUACUCAUGUACAAGAGCUGAUCCCAAAACCGUUGGGUAUUGCAUCAUUCCUAUAUGCCUGGCAAUUAUCUGCAACCGUCACCAGUCGUUUGUCAAGGCAUCAAAUCAGAUAAGCAGACUUCAGCUAAUUGAUACAUAAACUGUAAAAUAAUUUCCUCAAAGGAAGAAUAAACCAACCAUGACAGGAAAUCGAGACAAUCUGCUUUCUUCUCUACCAUUUUGCUGCAAUAGAGGGCCUGUCUUGCUGCCUCUUGGGGAGACGUAAUAUCUAAGUAAAACCAAAGCCAAUUUGUUUUUUGUAACAAAUGGGAUGUUAAAUCUUACAUUUUAUUUCAUUCAGACUUUGUAUCAAAGGGCUACAAAGGUGUUCCCUUCAUUCAUAUAAUGUUAGUAAAGAAAAUAGCUGGGUUUCGCAAAUUUUAGACAUGGCAUUUAUGCAUUUGUCCUUGUCACUAAAGUUAGAGAGGAUCAGCUAGCGGGAAUAGAAGGAUUUGGUAAGAAUGAAGGGAAAUACAACUGUCACAAUAUUAUAUUCUGUAAGUAGGCAAAAUUAAAUCUGUUCUUAAAACGUUAACAGGAGCAUCAGGAGACCCAUGUUCAUUUUAGCAAUCAAUUGACUGCUAUUCUGUGUGAAUGGAUAGGUACAGGUGCUCCACUUUGCAGUAAAUGUGGUACAUAAUGUGAAUCAUAGAAAUGGUCUGGGGUGGGCACUGUCAUGUUUCUCUUUAAAUAGUCUACUUGGAAAUGUGUAAGUGCCAUUUGUGGGAUUACACAGCAUUUCCCUUUAAGUGAUUUUUAUUCAGAAAUUAAAGUCCAUGGGUUUGAUUCAGAGGUUUGGCACAUGAGAAAUUUUCAGUAGUACUAUUGCACUUGCCUUGUGUACAGUCCUAGUUCUGCACUCAUUCAGUACAAAAUAAAAACACAAUGCUACAUCUCUUUUGUGUGUUAAAAGAAGUAGGAGCUUACAGGAAAUUUUGAAAUAAUGUAUUUUAUAUUGUUUUCCUGCCUUGACAUUUUUUACUGAAAUUGGAUUAAUAUUUUGAGGAAUAAUGUUCACAUGGUCACAUUUUUAUGUGUGCGUAGGAAACAUUGGGUUUGGGCUUAUUGCAUACCUUGUAGAUGUAAUUUAUGGGAAGCAAUCAAUAAAAUAAACAGGAGGUUAACACUGAUUAAUGUGAA